CCCUCGUCCCGUUCCGUAGAGAAGGAACUACGGCUCUUUCCCAAUCCUGACAUGUUUUUGUUGUGUGAACUACCAAAGUUUUGAGUUUCAAAUAAGUUAUUUCGCAGGACUUGGAUUCAUCGAACUUAUUAACGACAUAGCAUCUCAGAUCAUCAUGCCAUCUGCCUCUGAUUCUCUGAUUGAGGACAUCGAGGACAUGGUGUCUUCUGGUGACCCCACUCCUCAUGAAAGACAAUCUGCUAGAAAGAAUAUUAUGCCGAGGUCCAGGAAGAGGAAAGAGCUUCCGAGCAACGAGGAGCUCCAAGCUGAAAGUUUGAUCCCAGGUACCCAAAAGGUGUGGAUGAAAACAUGGGGGUGCAGUCAUAACAGCUCAGACGGAGAGUACAUGGCUGGACAGCUCGCUGCCAGCGGCUACAAGAUGACAGACGACCCAACAGAAGCAGACGUCUGGUUACUCAACAGCUGCACAGUGAAGAAUCCUGCAGAGGACCACUUCAGAAACUCCAUCAAAAAAGCCCAGGAUCAGCAGAAAAAGGUGGUUGUAGCAGGUUGUGUUCCCCAAGCUCAGCCACGGAUGGACUACCUCAAAGGGCUCAGCAUUAUUGGGGUCCAACAGAUUGAUCGGGUUGUGGAAGUAGUGGACGAGGCUGUUAAAGGUCACUCAGUUCGAUUGUUGGGACAGAAGAAGGAUGGUGGAAGGAAACUUGGAGGCGCCAGACUGGACCUCCCGAAGAUCAGAAAAAACCCGCUCAUAGAAAUCAUCUCCAUUAACACUGGGUGUCUGAAUGCAUGCACCUACUGCAAGACUAAACAUGCUAGAGGAGACCUGGCCAGCUAUCCCAUAGAGGAGCUCGUGGAGAGAGCCAGACAGUCGUUCCAGGAGGGAGUGUGCGAGAUCUGGUUGACCAGUGAGGACACGGGAGCUUACGGCAGAGACAUCGGGACAGAUUUGCCCACAUUGCUGUGGAAGUUGGUGGAGGAGAUUCCUGAUGGAGCCAUGCUGAGGCUUGGAAUGACCAACCCACCUUAUAUCCUGGAACACCUACAGGAGAUGGCCAAGGUUCUGAAUCACCCCCGCGUCUAUGCGUUUCUCCAUGUCCCUGUGCAAUCUGCCUCAGACAGCGUAUUGAUGGACAUGAAGAGAGAAUACUGUAUUGAUGACUUUAAAAGAGUGGUGGACUUCCUCAAAGAGAGAGUACCUGGUGUAACAAUUGCUACAGACAUAAUCUGCGGUUUUCCUGGUGAAACUGAGGAGGAUUUCCAGGAGACAGUAGAGCUGGUGAAACACUAUCAGUUCCCCAGUCUCUUCAUCAACCAGUUCUACCCCAGACCCGGCACCCCUGCUGCUAAGAUGGACCAAGUACCAGCACACGUGAAGAAGCAAAGGACUAAAGAGCUCUCACAAGUCUUCCACUCCUACAGCCCCUACGGCCACAAGGUCGGGGAGAGGCAACAUGUGCUGGUGACCGAGGAGUCGUUUGAUACUCAGUAUUAUGUGGCUCACAACAAAUUCUAUGAACAGGUGCUGGUACCUAAAAGAGCAGAAUUCAAAGGGAAGAUGAUUGAAGUGGACGUUUACGAGGCAGGAAAACACUUUAUGAAGGGAAAACCGGUGGAAGACAGCACACCGUUCACUCCGUCCAUCUCUGCGCCGCUUCUAAAAGGAGAAGUGUCAGGUCUGAAGCAGAAACAAGGAGCAGCUGCUGCAGACCCGACUCUCUCCAUCGGCUCCUACCGACCGGACAGGGAGGUGCUGAGGAAGCUGUGGAUCGGCGUGGCGCUCGCAGCCGCCAUCUUGGCCCUUAUUGUUGAGAAGUUAUACUGAGAGCAAGAAUUCACUGGCGUCUUGAACCCUGUGGAUGGGUCUGGGUUACAGAAGCUGAUGUUUAGUAAACGAGAAGGAUCGGAUGUUUCCAGGUGUCGGCCGUUGAGUGAAGCUUCAGUAUCAUUUUUAGGAUGUGACAAAUUCAAUAAUUUCAUAUUUAUUUUUGAAAAGAAAACAAUAUUUUUUUCAAGCUGCAUGUUUGUCAUUUAGAAGUUUGUUUGUGUUCAUUUGUAUGUUUUACCUGAAGAACAACAAACAAAAACAAACGAGGCAAAGAUGAUAUCAAAGUGCAACACCUGAUUUUUUUUGAGUUUUUAUCACUAAAACACAACGUAAUUUGUUUUUUCUGUGUGUGUUGCUCUUCUCUGCUGGUGAUGUCAUUCAUGAACCUGCUCUGUAAGCCCUAAAAAAAUCAAAGUCAAGGAAAACUCCAUCGAGACCAUCAGUUAGUUUAGAAAUUUGAGCCUGAACCAGAAAAUAAGUAGCAGAUAUCUCAAAUGUUUAGCUUUUAAUUAAACGUGGGACUUUAAAAGUUGUUCCUGUUGUGGAUUUUUGUUUUGCAAACUUCAGAAAACGUCUAAUAAAAGUCCAGAUCCAGAGUGGAGCAACA